AUGAUUUUGUCAAGAGACAGCCCAUUUUCUGGUGAAGAUAUCAGGGCCUUGUUUGCAGACUUGAAUAUAUGCUUAGAGGACAGUUUCUGUUUUACAGCCGAGCAAAAGGCCAAUAUCCAAAUUAUCGCACAAGACAUCAUCUUUCAACCCACCCGAACUGGAUUCAAAUCAAUCAACAUUGAAGUUGAGAAAUAUUACAAACAGAAAAGGAAAAUAUAAGGUUGAUGAACGUGUUUGGUAUACCGGCACGAGAACAUUAGCUGGCAGCUCAAAUAAGAGAUGUCUGUUCAAGUGUUUGGAAUAAUUUUAGGCAGGAUUCGAGACAGUAUCACUGGGCCAAAAGCUGUCAAAGUCGCCAAAUUCACUUACAGCAUGGCACUGAAAUACAAAAGAGGGGGGAUAGGUGUUUCGGCUAUGAACAUGGAGCUCAUCAGUAGCACAGCAAUAGAGAGUGAGGAAUAUGGAGGCAACUUGGAUGAUGUGAACAAACGGCCCAGGAAAAAAAGUAAAGGACAAACAGGUGGCCGUGUCACCCAGGGAGAGGACUUCUGGGGUCAAGUGGACUCGUGGUUUGUGAAGGGGAUGUCAAUUUGAGGGCAAAACCUGAAGGGUGCCAAGUGGAAAGA